AUGAACUCUCAUCAAAUUCCAAUUGUUGAUUUUUCAUUUUAUGAAAUUAAUCAAUCUGAAUGUAUUCGUCAACUUAAAUAUGCAUGCGAAAAUGUGGGAUUUUUUUAUUUAAAGAAUCAUGGAUUUGCUCAAGAAUCAAUUGAUGAUAUUUUUAGUUGCGUAGAAGAAAAGAUUAAAUAUAACAUCGACGAAAGUCAUUAUGGUUACAUUGGCUACCGUCAUGAAACUGGUAAUCCUGAUAAUCAAAUAAUGGGUGAUGCUAAAGAAUCUUUUAAUAUAUGUAAACUUAAUGAACAAGACGAACCAUCGGUGGUAUCGCCAUUCCCUCCAUUAUUUAAGGAAAAGAAAAAAUUGAUUUCAGAAAUUUCAAAGGGUAGUUAUAAGUUAUGUUUAAAGUUAUUAGAAUUAUUUGCAAUUGCAUUAGAAAUUCCCGAAUCUGAAGGAGGAAAAAAUUGGUUCUUUGAUAAGCAUAAAUAUGAAUUGGAUUCAUUUGAUUGUUUACGGGUCCUUCAUUAUCCAGCAGUAGAUAAAAUUAUUGAAAAUGACAUCCGAGCUGGCAUUGUUCUAUUUCAAAAAGAUAUCGGUGGACUUGAAGUAUUGUUACCAAACUCUACCGAAUGGAUUCCAGUUCCUAUAAUUCCUGGUUGUAUAGUGAUCAAUAUUGGUGAUUGUUUAGAAUUUUGGACACGCGGUUUAUACAAAUCCAUAAAACAUCGAGUCACUUUCAAAGAAGAUAAUUUGAAUUUCGAUAGAUAUAGCAUUGUAUAUUUCUUUCAUCCUACAAUCGAUGUAAAGUUGGAAUCAAUCCCUUCGAAAUUUGUACUGAACGGUAAAAAUGAGAAAGCUGAAGAAAUGACAUUGAACGCAGGACAGUAUUUAUUGAAUAAGUUGCAAAAGAUACAUGCAUCUGAUAAAAAUGACUAA